AGAGAGAGACACCGAAACAGACAAACAAGAGACAUUCAUAGGGUUUUUUUUAGUUCUCAUUCGUCCACUCAUAAGGAGGUACCAUGACAUUUUGGUCUCACGUUUGCAAUGUGCCGACAAGCCCAGAAAUUUAAAGGCUAAGAAUUAACAAAUACCAGAAGCAAGGGGAGGUUGCAAAAGGGAAAUACUAAGAUCCUUCUUCUUACAUUUGGUUUCUCUUUUUUGAGGGGGGGUAAUUUUUGUUUUACAAAAAUGGCAGCCAACUGUACUGCCAGUGCCAGCAAGACAAAAACCAAGAAGAAACAUUUUGUGGCUCAAAAAGUGAAGCUCUUCAGGGCCAGUGAGCCCCUCCUCAGUGUCCUGAUGUGGGGAGUCAACCACACCAUCAAUGAGCUGAGCCAUGUUCAGAUCCCUGUAAUGUUGAUGCCAGAUGACUUCAAAGCAUACAGCAAGAUUAAAGUGGACAAUCACCUUUUUAACAAAGAGAAUCUCCCAAGCCGUUUCAAGUUUAAGGAAUAUUGUCCAAUGGUUUUCAGAAACCUGCGAGAGAGAUUUUCCAUUGAUGAUCAGGAUUAUCAGCGAUCUUUGUCAAAGCUUCCGUCGCAGGAGCUGGAUAAAGUAACAAUGAACGUGGGUUUAGUCUACCAGAAUUCAGUAACACGGAGUGCUCCCUUAAACAGCGAUGCGCAGAAUCGAAUGGGGGCUCGAUUCCUCACCACAUAUGACAAAAGAUUCGUCAUUAAAACAAUAACCAGCGAAGAUGUAGCAGAGAUGCACAAUAUUUUAAAGAAAUACCAUCAGUAUAUUGUGGAAUGCCAUGGCAACACACUUCUUCCUCAAUUCCUGGGCAUGUACCGGUUAACAGUAGAUGGAGUGGAGACCUAUAUGACUGUAACAAGAAAUGUCUUUAGCCACAGACUCACUGUGCACAGGAAAUAUGACCUGAAGGGCUCAACAGUGUCACGAGAAGCCAGUGGAAAAGAAAAGGCCAAGGAAUUACCAACACUGAAAGACAAUGAUUUCCUAAAUGAAGGGCAGAGAAUUCAAAUUGGAGACGAAAACAAAAAGAUGUUUUUGGACAAACUCAAGCGUGAUGUUGAGUUUUUAGCACAGCUGAAGAUCAUGGAUUACAGUCUGUUAGUUGGCAUCCAUGAUGUGGAUCGUGCCGAGCAAGAAGAGAUGGAAGUGGAGGAGAAAGGCGACGAAGAAGAUUGUGAAAAUGAUGGAAUGGGUCAUCCAGUUGGUUCAUAUGGAACUCCACCAGACAGUCCUGGAAAUAUGCUGAAUUUUCCACGAAUUUUUGGACCAGGAGAGUUUGAUCCAACAGUUGAUGUAUAUGCUAUAAAGAGCUAUGACAUAAUACUGGCUGAUUUUCCAGAUGCGCCAAGUAAAGAAGUUUUUUUUAUGGCUAUAAUCGACAUUUUAACUCACUAUGAUGCAAAGAAGAAAGCUGCCCAUGCUGCCAAAACAGUCAAACAUGGGGCUGGUGCCGAGAUCUCCACAGUUAACCCCGAACAGUACUCAAAGCGUUUCUUGGAAUUUAUGUCUAACAUCAUAACAUAGUGCCCCUGCAGACAACACAUGACACGCACAACAAGACUACCAAUGCGUAGCAAAUGCAGGAACGUGGAAACUGAGGACACUGUAGUGGUGCGUGCAGUAUUCAAUGUGCAGAGACUAAUCUCCAAAUUUGCAUCCUUUGGAAAUAAAACAAAAACACAACAAAAAAAGAUACUUGCUGGCAAACCUGCAUUGCCUGAAAUGUUGCAUUGCUCUUGAAGCUUUCCCUGCCAUGUAUUAUGAGUGUGUCUUUACUGGCGGCAACUUCAGUGGCACUCCGUUAGCCAUGAUGAGACGUACUGUGUGAUCUUAAAACCAGAAGGUGGGCACUUGAACGCAGUGAAGGACGAUGGGCACUUUAACAAUGGCAAGAAUCACUUUUUUUUACAGUUCAUAUAUUGUCCAAAUGGAGCAAAGGCACGGUAUUAUUUGCGUGUAUCUUUGUGACACUGCACUCGUCCCAACCCUGGUUUUGUCAUUGCCAGGCCUUUGCCACGCUGUUUCUCAAAUAUUUUAAGUUGCCAUAUUGUCUAAUCGCAAAAAAAAAGGACUUCAGCAACUUUAUCAAUAAACCAACGCAACUAUAUAUAAGCUAUUGUUCGUUAAGGGUGGGUGGGUAAGGGAUGGGGCAAUGUUUACUCAAGUGAAUAUUUACAAUAGGAUGCCACAUAUCCAGAUUUCUCGAGUCUGCAUCUGCUUAUGCAGUCUGUGGAACGGCCAUCAAUCCAUCAGAUGUGAUUUGGGUGAAUCAUUUGGUUUUGUGGCAUUCCUAAUGUAUUCUAAACGUUUACUUUUAUUUGUUACUCAGCAGGAGGGCUCGCGUUUACUUUGAUGUGAGCUACUUGGCUUUAUAAAACAGUACAGUCUGUAAUUGUGCUUUAAGCUAAUUUUUUUGGACAAUGUGGCAUUUUGUCUGCUAGGUCAAUAGACAUGAGUAAAAAAAGUGAUUUUUUUUAAAGAGCUAACUCCUUUGUAAGGGACUUUUUAAAAGACUCAACUUCUCUUGAGAAAGUAUUGCUAUUUGCUGUUGAAUCUUGUUACAAAGAAGUAGCUGUGACAAUAAUGUUACUCAGUAGUGCUUUUGUAAAACUACUUGAUUGUUGAUUUUUGGAUCCUUAACAAGCCUGAAAUAUUAUGAAAAUGCUGUGGCAAUAUUGUGCUGUUUUAACAGAACAUUCUGGGUAUAUGAAAAUGUAUGACUAAAGCAGGCGAGCAUCAAAUUUGAACCAUUUACUUGUUGUUUGCAGGAACCAUAGAAGGAAUUGAUUGGCACUUUAACCCUUUAAAUAACAAAUUUCAUGUAUUGCUGUUAGUUAUGUAUAGCUUAAACAAAUUAAAGGAGGGAUAAUGCAGAUGAGCUUAGUCUGCACUUGGCAAAGACUAAGUAAUCACUAAUAGAUAUAAUAAUAACGGCAGAGACUAAACUUAAUGUUUGAAACCUCGCUAAUUAUUUUCUAUGGAUUGUUUUUAAAUACAUAAACGUUCUGUACUAAAAGGCCAUUUUACUAAGUGAUCAGUCAAGUUUAUAAUCGAGAACAAUAGACAUAGGGUGGUAGAGGUGUAAACAUUGCAGUAGAUGAAUAGACACCUUCUAACAUCCUGUGUUGCUGGAACAAAAUGUACAACUUAUUGCACUGUAUGUUACGAAAGAUUCUAGUGCAGCUGUAGGCUAAUUCAAAACUGUAAAGGAUGAAGAAAAGGAACAUUAAAAUUACUGUCCAAAUUCCGUUGCAUCAGGGUAAGUGCACAUCUGAUCCAAGCUUUGAUAUUCAGAGUACCAAGUGAUUUCUCACAUAUGGAUAGUUCCUGAUGCAGGCAUAACUCAUGUAUAUAAUCUGGUCCUUUCAUAAAAUACUUUAGUUGAACAACAGCUCAGUUCAGUCCAUUGCUGUCUGUUAAUUUCCAUGAGGUUAUAUUUUACAAGAUUUGGAGGAUGUUCUCAUGGUAUUUUCAAUUGAUCAUACAUUACGUCACUGAUAAUGUGGACUCAUGCCAAUUUUCAAAAGUUAACAGCAGAAAGAAAAUAAUUUUUAAACCUUAAAACUGUUGCUGUGGAUACCCACUGGAGAGCAUGCCCAUAAAUAGUAACCCUUCUCCCAAACUUCACCCAAAUAGACCAUUUUCCAUAUGCAAGACCAGAUGAUGAUUAAGAGCAGGUAAUUUGGCCACGAACACCAUUGGUACUAUCUUGCAGUGGCCACCUAUUAAGGAUUUUUAAUCCCUCCCAGUGGUAUGGAGACCAAUUUUACUUUUGUAUCCAUUUCCAUUUUUGUUGAAGCUGGCAAAUUCAGCACUGACCAGGGAUUGGACUGUCCAGUUCCAUAUGCCACCUUACCACAUGAAGCAAAAUAUCCACCCAUGAUCAAAUAUUGCUAUUCUUAUAGGCCCAGAACUUUGUAUUUGACAAGUCAGGGCCCCCCAACAUUAAUUUUUCAUAUCUUUCCUGUUGAUUUUAAUAGAUCUGACACACUAUCACCCCACUGGAGAGCUCAUUUUAUUCUUGCACCAGAUUUCUUAUUUUGUUCCUUGUUUCAGAUGUCUAAACAACAAAAAAAAAUUCAACAUAUCUUCAUCAAGGAACCAAGAUCAUAUGACUUAUGAUUGAAAACACUAGGGAUUAACCAACUUCUGCAGGUGGUACAUCUCAGUAAGUGAGGGCAUAUUAGCCCAAACCCACAGUUUAUCUUUGGGUUCAGAUGCAACACACACACAAACUUGUAGAUGUCUGUCUGUUCCAUAGUGGAAAUUAUCAGCAAAGUGCAAAGAUUUUGGUUUGACCAGUUAUGCAUUUAUCAGGAGUUUGACUGUAAUAAUUUGUAACGCUGUGUUUGGAGUCAUCGUGACACAGUGUUUAAACUCACUACAGUAAUACCAAAGCUUACAAAUAAAAAACUUGUUUUUGUAAAA